UGACUGUAUUCAAAUCGAGGACUACUAGCCUUCGCGGGAGUGUUGUCGCGAGAAUUAAUUUAAGUAAUCACUUUAAUAUGCGUUGCCUGGGGGAAUUGAUGCAGAAACGAAACCAACAGUCGUAACUUAAGAAACGGGGUAAUGAUUCCAAGUUCCGAAACCACUGUGCACCUGCGCUGCUCUGUUUCUUCGCUGCACAGCAAUCCCCUUGCCUUCUCUCUCCAUAAAUAUUCCACAUUUGCAACUCCCACCGCCCUAUUCCACCAUUUACACGCCUGACAUUUUCACACCUUCACUCGCCGCCAGAAGCUGCUCCGUCAAAAAAUCAUCAACACUGAACGAGGCACCUUCAGUGGUCUCCAUCUUUUUAACCCUCCAAUGGACGCCCUUUCUUCCUCGCCUCAGCAUGCGCUUCACCCUCCCCGAGAAACCACGCCCACCGAUACCGCCACCGUUGACACCGCCACUCCCUGCCAAACGUCUCCUCAUAACACCAAAACCGACUCUGCUCGCAAAUGCAAAGGCAAAGGUGGUCCCGACAACAACAAAUUUAGGUACCGAGGCGUCAGGCAACGGAGCUGGGGCAAAUGGGUCGCUGAGAUCCGAGAGCCUCGCAAGCGGACCCGGAAGUGGCUCGGCACCUUCGCCACCGCCGAGGAGGCCGCUCGAGCCUACGACCGCGCCGCUAUUAUCCUCUACGGCUCUAGGGCUCAGCUCAAUUUACAACCCUCCGCCGCCUCUUCUCCCCACUCUUCCUCCUCUCGGGCCUCUUCCUCUUCUCAAACCCUCCGCCCAUUGCUUCCCCGCCCCUCUGGCCUUGGCCUCGCCUUUUCUUCCGUCGCCACGUCGGGCUUCUUACCCUGCGGGGUUUACCCUAACGAUGCUAAUUAUAUCCCGCAAAUGAUGUGCCCGGAGAAUAAUCUGGUGCAACAGCAUCGUCAAGUGGUGCAACUUCCACAGAAACCGUAUCAGUCCCUGGAAUCCGAUGGAAAUAUUGUCGACAGCUCCAACACAGCAACCUCGUACCAGGAUCAGCUACAGCAGCAGCAGCAUCUGCCGAAUCAACGGCAGCAUCAGAAUUGCAUGCACGAUGAUAUUAGUUCUCUGGUGAGUUCGGUCGGGUCAAGUUUGUGUGCUUCGCAGGCACAGACUGUCGUUUCACCUGCGGAUCCGUGGCCAUUGACGAAUGAGGAAGAGUACCCACCAAGUCUAUGGGACUACUAUAAUGAUCCCUUCCUCUUUGAUUUCUAAUUGAUCUGAUAUAUAGCUAAUGAAGGGAGAAGUACUUAUCAUAUAUAUGAUAUCUAUCUAUAUGCAUUAAAGAUGAAUAACUUGAGUGGAAGUUAACAUUAUUCCAGAGUGAAUAAUAAUGUUUCAUGCGGCGGCGGCCGAGUCCAUCUGAAGAAGUCGCGACCAAGUUAUGGUUUGAUGAAGGUGCUUGUCAUGUAAAUCAGAAGCAACCAAGGAGGUGCUGUAAAGCCAACUAUCCAGAUCGUCCAACUUAAUUUUCGCUAAAAAAUAUUUGCAGGUUUUCUUAAAAGAAAAGGGCCUACUCGAGGUCAAGGUAUGUUAUUUAUAGGGUUGCUUAUAUUAGUGAGGAGUUUUUAUAGAAUCAAUUAACGAUUCCAGGAUCAUCAUUCGAUCAAGGAUUCGCAUAUCCCGCCUUACUGAUUUUAUUUGGGGUUAUAUAUGAGCAGUCCCCCCCUCCCUUCUCUCGGUGGUGAAUGGGGGAUUCAUGUAUGUUUUCUUAGAGCUGUAUUUAAAGAUUUUAUGAGGUUUAUUUCAAUCUUGAAGAGACGAGGGAUGAAUAAUGUUUAAAAGCGAAAGAGAAGUGUGCUCUAAACUCUGAAGGGUUCCUAUAUUCGUAUGCUCCAAGUUAAAUUGGAGAAAUUGAGGCCACAUGGGACAUCACCCUCGCUUGCCAUUAUAAUCUUCAAUGUGAAGUUCAUCCAAAUUUCAGCAGGAGCUUUCCAUUUUAUAGUUAUUUGGUGACAAUUCGUGUUAUUGUACGUUAAAUUAGUUGAGACCCUUACUCAGUCAAAAUGGGAUAGUUUUUUUAUCGUAAUUUUUGAGUUUCGUUCGACUCAAUUUUGGUCUUUGUUUCAUAUAUAAUUGA